GAGUGUGGUGUGGUUUGACGAGCCAGGAGGUGAGGUCCUCCCAACUGCAACUGCGAAGAAGAUAACGGAAACAUAAGAGGAGAAAAAUGGCAACAACGACGAAAGGAGGAACUGCACCUCCUAGCCUCCCCAGAUCUGGAGCCAUCUCCAAGGGCUACAACUUCGCUUCCACUUGGGAACAGAAUGCUCCGUUGACGGAGCAGCAACAGGCUGCAGUAGUGGCACUGUCUCAUGCAGUUGCUGAGCGGCCAUUUCCUGUGAAGUUGGCUCACGAGCGCAGCUCAGGACAAGAUAACGGCUUGUCUGUUUCCACUGAGAUUGGUGCUUUUGGUGAUUCCAAGCCUAUCGAAGAAGUUUUGGUCAAUACCAAUCAGUUUUAUAAAUGGUUUACAGAUCUUGAAUCAGCCUUGAAAUCAGAGACAGAGGAGAAAUAUCAGCAUUAUGUCAAUACUUUGACAGAGCGUAUAGAGACUUGUGAUGGCAUACUUCAUCAAGUGGAUGACACCUUAGACCUAUUUAGCGAACUACAACUGCAACACCAAGCUGUAGCAACAAAGACAAAAACACUUCACGAUGCAUGUGACCGAUUGGUUAUAGAGAAGCAAAGACUGAUUGAGUUUGCUGAAGCACUUCGGAGUAAGCUCAAUUAUUUUGAUGAGUUGGAGAAUAUUUCAACAAAUUUUUAUUCUCCAAACAUGAAUGUUGGAAAUUCAAACUUUUUUUCUCUGCUUAAACGACUUGAUGAGUGCAUAUCGUAUGUUGAAAGCAAUCCGCAAUAUGCAGAAUCUAGUGUUUAUUUGCUUAAAUUUCGCCAACUUCAGUCUCGAGCCCUGGGUAUGAUUCGUUCUCAUGUACUUUCAGUUCUCAAAAGUGCUUCUUCUCAGGUACAGGCAGCUAUCCGUGGUAGUGGUGGCAACAAAGCAUCUCUUUCCGAGGGUGUAGAGGCAUCUGUAAUUUAUGUCCGUUUUAAGGCUGCUGCAAAUGAGCUUAAGUCAGUACUGGAGGAAAUUGAAAGCAGAUCAUCAAGGAAAGAGUAUGUCAAUAUCCUUUCAGAAUGCCACAAAUUGUACUGUGAACAGCGUCUUUCUUUGAUAAAAGGCAUAGUGCAUCAGCGGAUAUCUGAAUUUGCCAAGAAAGAGGGUUUGCCAUCAUUGACUAGAUCAGGGUGUGCAUAUCUAAUGCAGGUUUGUCAACUUGAGCAUCAACUCUUUGACCAUUUCUUUCCAUCUUCUUCAGAGGAUAUCUCAAGUAUGGCUCCAUUGAUAGAUCCUUUGUGUACUUACUUGUAUGAUACAUUACGUCCAAAACUCAUUCAUGAAACAAAUAUUGAUAUUCUCUGUGAAUUGGUUGAUAUCCUUAAAGUCGAAGUCUUGGGAGAACAGCUUAGUAGGAAGAGUGGGUCACUUGCUGGCCUACGGCCAACACUGGAAAGAAUUUUGGCAGAUGUUCAUGAGCGGUUGACUUUUCGUGCUCGAACACAUAUCCGUGAUGAGAUAGCAAAUUAUCUCCCACUGGAUGAAGAUUUAGAUUACCCUGCAAAGCUGGAGCAGUCUGCUGCGGCAAAGGCAGAAACCACUUUGGCUGAUGAAAAUCCAGAUGUAUUUAAGACGUGGUACCCACCCUUGGAGAAAACUCUUUCUUGUCUUUCUAAAUUGUAUCGUUGCUUAGAACCAACAGUCUUCACAGGUUUAGCACAGGAAGCUGUGGAAGUGUGCUCCAUCUCAAUCCAAAAAGCAAGUAAGCUAAUUGUAAAAAGAUCAACCCCAAUGGAUGGGCAGCUUUUCCUUAUCAAGCAUCUUUUAAUAUUAAGGGAACAGAUAGCACCAUUUGAUAUAGAAUUCUCGGUCAUACACAAGGAACUGGAUUUCUCUCAUUUGCUGGAGCACCUAAGACGGAUACUUAGAGGUCAAGCCUCUUUAUUUGACUGGACCAGAUCAACUUCAUUGGCAAGGACCUUGUCUCCCCGUGUUCUGGAAAGUCAAGUUGAUGCCAAGAAGGAACUAGAGAAAAGCCUCAAAGCCACAUGUGAGGAAUUUAUUAUGGCAGUCACUAAGCUAGUCGUGGAUCCCAUGCUUUCAUUUGUUACCAAGGUGACAGCCAUAAAAGUUGCAUUAUCUUCUGGGAGUCAGAAUCAAAAAGUAGACACUGUUAUGGCCAAACCACUCAAGGAACAGGCAUUUGCUACCCCAGAAAAGGUGGCUGAACUUGUUCAGAAGGUAAAUUCUGCCAUUCAGCAAGAGCUCCCUCUGGUGAUGGCAAAGAUGGAACUUUAUUUGCAGAAUCCAUCCACACGAACGAUACUGUUUAAACCCAUAAGAACAAAUAUUGUUGAAGCCCAUAUUCAGGUACAAUCGCUUCUAAAAGCGGAGUAUUCCCCUGAGGAUCAAAAUGCUAUCAAUAUGGUGUCAACACAGGAACUGCAAGCACAACUUGACAAUCUCCUAUAGGGAGCUAGACAAAGGCUAUUAAAAAAAUCAUCGUUUCUGAACUCUGAUUAUUCAUUUCAACUCAUGUCAUUAUAGGUUUUUCAAAAACAUAUUGUCAUAGCCAGUCCAUAAAGAUCAUAUUAACAGAUCAGUAGAUGAAUAGGAAGAAUGUUGCAUUUCACGUAUUGAAAAUCUUGUACUUCUCUAUUUUCAAGAGUACAACUUCAUGCAUUCUUGAUCUUAAUACAUGUUUUUUGGCCUUUCAUUCUGCUGCCUGGCUUAACAAGGAGCCUACUUUGUUAAUCUGAUGAUAUUCAUCACCGUAUGCAACAAAGAGUUGAGUGCUUU